CGGUCUAACUCCAAGCUGGUACCGAGUAACCAAUGAGGUUACGCCACGCACACUUUUUUUUUUAAUAUCGACCAGGCCUGUGUGGCUAAGUCCACCUACUCUGCCCCUAAGUGUGGGUCCUGCUCUCUUGACUCCUUCCCUCGUUUAUUAUUGGCGUAAAGUAUUUUCUCCCAAAAUUCUCUCUUGAAUCCUUCUUCUGCUCUCUUUGCUGAUAACUGAUGAUGGACCCUAAAUUCGCCGGAAAGUUAACUCCGGCCCCAUACAUCGUGGGCCGUGCCGGCCUCGACCAGAUGCCCGACACCCCCACCCGUCGGUCCCGCCACCGUCGGGCCCAAUCCGAAACCUUCUUCCGGUUCCCGCCGGAGUUCGACGACGAUAUCCUUCUCGACGACGUCGUUGCAGACUUCAACCCCACCGCCGCCAUGCAGCCGGCCAAUUCUGGCGACUCUUCCUCCGCUGGACCGGAUACCCAUUUCCGGAGCCUUUCUGUUGACUCCGACUUCUUCGAUGGUCUGGACUUCGGCGCUUCAUCCGCCGCCUACGGCGGCGGAGCCGCAAUCGCACCCUCGUCGGAUUCGGAGAAGAUGGUGGUGGGUCCGGGCCCACGCCAUAGACACAGCAAUUCCAUGGAUGGGUCUUUCUCUACCUCUGCGUUUGAGGCGGAUUCCGCCUUAGAGAAGAAAGGAAUGAAUACUGAUAGACUUGCAGAGCUCGCCUUGAUUGACCCCAAGAGAGCUAAAAGGAUUCUAGCAAACCGACAAUCGGCUGCGCGUUCUAAGGAACGAAAGACACGUUACACGAAUGAGUUGGAAAGGAAAGUGCAGACACUACAGACUGAAGCAACAGCUCUCUCUGCACAGAUGACUCUGCUCCAGAGAGAUACUUGUGGACUCACUGCUGAGAACAAGGAGCUCAAGAUACGGUUGCAGGCUUUGGAAGAAGCAGCUCAUCUUAGAGACGCUCUAAGUGACACACUGAGAGAAGAACUGCAGCGGCUUAAGAUAGCGGCAGGGGAGACUCAGGUUGCAAACGGGAGCGGUGCGACUAGAGUACCGGGCCUUCAAAGUUUUGCUCACUUCGGCAACCUUGGAGGAGCCCAACAGCAGGUUCAUAUCCGCGAGCAGGCCCAGCCCGGAUUCCUGAAGUUCAACAGGAGGGGUUGAUUGGUUUCAAUCUGAAAGGUCUCAAGUCUAUAAGUGGUUGUUACCCUGUCCUUGUAUAGUUAAAGAGUUGCAUAUAGUUUCCCUAAUCAAUCAAUCAAUUAGCUGUGUGACUUGUAGUGUCUAUUCCUAAGAGGUUCUGUUGAAAAGAUCAUUCACAUAUAUACAUCUAUAUGUACUUAUCUUGUUUGUGUGUAUAUAUAUGCAAUGCAAAAACACAGAU